AUGGACGAGGCGCUCGGGUGGGCUGUUGCGGCCGGUCUCUGCUAUGCUGCCUACAAGCUCGUCUUCGGCUCCUCCUCCGGCAGCAGGCGCCGGACAGUCCCGCAAGCGUCCAUAGACCAAAUUACGAGCAUGUUCCCGCAUGUCUCGCAGGCGGCGGCUCGGUGGGAGCUCGAGCGGAACGGAGGGAGCGUUGAGAGGGCCGUCGAGAGGGCGUUGCGAGAAGGAGGGCUUCCUCAGCCACCCGCCUCCUACUUCCCUCCCGACGCAUCCACCUCAACUCCCCGACCCGCAACGCCCACUCCCGCCGCACCCGUCACUCCCUCCCGCUCCAGCGCCUCGACCUCCUCCGCCCGCGGCCAACCGCCCUCGCUCAUCGCGCGAAUGGGACUGCAGAACAAGGUCGUUUCGGAGGACAAGGGGAAGGGGAAGGAGGUUGAGGGUGCGCAGGCGGGAGGGUGGUCGCCGAAUGCGGCGGAGAGGGAGAAGAACCUGAGGGCGAGGAAGGAGAAGCUUGUGCUUGAGGCGAGGAGGAAGCUGCUCGAGAAGGAACAGCGGCGGAAGGAAGAAGUGGCAAGGCAGGCGCAGGGAUCGUCGUCGGAGUAG